GUUAUGAAACACAUGUUAGAGAAUUGUGCUUGCUAGGCUAGUGUUCCACCAUUUGUUUGGAGCAAGUUAAAAUGGGGGAAGAAGUGAAAGCUGUGAAGUUAUUUGGUGUAUGGUCAAGCCCUUAUAGCCAUAGAAUACAACUAGCACUAAAAAUGAAAGAUAUACCCUUUGAAUAUGUUGAAGAGGACUUGUCCAAUAAGAGUUUUAUGCUUCUUAACCACAACCCUGUCCACAAAAUGAUACCUGUUUUGGUCCACAAUGAAAAACCAAUAGUUGAAUCCUUAAUUAUUCUCGAGUAUAUUGAUGAAAUCUGGAAAGAUCGUCCUCUUUUACCACAAGAUCCCUAUGAAAGAGCCCAAGCUCGUUUUUGGGCUAGAUUCAUUGAUGAUAAGUUAUUACCAAGUGUGUGGAGGUAUUUCCUUAGCAAAGAUAAUGAGGAAAGAAUGAAGACCAAAGAAGAAGCUAUCAUGCUACUAAGAAUUCUUGAAAGUCAACUAAACAUGAAAAAGUUUUUUGGAGGAGAUAUUCUUGGAUACGUGGACAUAGUUGCAAAUGUUGUCGCAUUUUGGAUUGAAAGGGUGCAAGAAGUUGUUGGUAUAGAACUUCUCAACAAAGAAAAGUUCCCAAUUUUAUAUAGAUGGAUUGAGAAGUACUAUGAUGAUUCUAUUACCAAGGGAUGUCUACCACGAAAAGAUAAGCAUAUGGUAUAUAUUAAAGCUCGUUAUGAAGUAGCACUUGUAAAACAAGGACAAUUAUGUAAGUCAUCCUAGUAUAUGAUUAAUAGAGUUUGAGGUGUGUGAACAAGGUUUUCCUCCACCUCAAAUCUUAGACAUUUGCGAGAUUUAAGUUCAUUUCAUCAAGUGUGAGAUCUCUAGUUUGCUUUGAUCGGAUCAACUUUAAUAUAUUAAAUAGUUGUGCACGGAAGGAGUACUAAUAGCAGAUUAGCACUAUGCUUCUUACUUUGUCGAAUUUUAGAUAUUUUAAGAUCGAGGUUUAACUUAAGUUUAAUUUUGUGAACAAGAUUUCUUCUUUCUGAUGGUGGGAAUAGCUAAAUCUCUAGAUGUUUGAAACAUAAGUUUGUGGAGGUAUUUAAGAAA